GUUUUUNACAUGUGGAAUUAAAUAUAAACUUAGAUAUCAUUUUAUAAUUUGUACAGCUUACCAUAUUGUCUUUCAUUCACAUCAUAAUUUAUUAAAACAAUUUUUAUCUUUGUAGAUAAUUUUAAAUUGUAAAUAAUGAGAACUAUUACUAUUGAAGAACUUUCAAAUCUUCAAAAAAAUCCUCAUAAUAUUAGAAAUGUUUGUAUAUUAGCUCAUGUUGAUCAUGGAAAAACAACAUUAGCAGAUUGUAUUUUAGCCAGUAAUGGCAUUAUUUCUCAACGAAUGGCUGGAAAGUUAAGAUAUUUGGAUAGCCGCAAAGAUGAACAAGAAAGGGGUAUUACCAUGAAAUGCAGUUCUGUGUCUAUUCAUCAUAAGAUUGGAGAAGAAGACUAUUUAAUUAAUUUAAUUGAUUCUCCUGGACAUGUUGAUUUUUAUGGUGAAGUUUCUACAGCAGUUCGUUUAUGUGAUGGUGCAAUUCUUGUUGUUGAUGUUAUUGAAGGUGUUUGUGCUCAGACUAAAAUUGCACUUUGUCAAGCUUGGACUGAAAACAUCCGUCCUGUUCUUGUUCUUAAUAAAAUUGAUAGACUCAUUUUGGAAAGAAAAAUGACACCACUUGAUGCAUAUGUACAUUUGCAGCAAGUAUUAGAACAAGUGAAUGUUGUAACUGCUGAACUUUUCACUUCUGAUAUUCUGGAAAAAUUUCAAACAGAGUCAGUUCUCAAUGAUAAAGGAGAGAAAAAUAGUACAACUGAUCAGACAUAUGAUUGGAAUAGUGGUAUUGAUGAUACAGAUGAUUCAACUGUAUAUUUUUCACCAGAACAAAACAAUGUAAUAUUUGCUAGUGCAAUUGAUGGAUGGGGCUUUGGAAUUUCUCAUUUUGCCAAACUUUAUUCAACAAAGCUUGGAAUCAAAGAAGAUAUUUUAAAUAAAACAUUAUGGGGAGACUAUUAUUUGAAUACAAAAACAAAACGAAUAAUGAAAGGUGCCCAGGCAAAGGCAAAGAAACCAUUAUUUGUACAGUUUGUUUUAGAAAAUAUAUGGGCUGUUUAUGAAGCAGUUGUAAUUAAAAGAAAUAAAGAAAUGAUUGACAAAAUUGUUAAAUCUCUUGAUUUGAAGAUAGCACCAAGGGAUUCCAAACAUUCUGAUUCAAGAGUACAACUGCAAGCAAUUUGUAGUCAGUGGCUUUCAUUACCCAAGGCAGUUUUAGAUAUGCUCUGUAAUAUUAUACCAAGUCCAGCCUCAUUAAGUUCAGAAAGAGUUGAAUGUUUAAUGUGUACAAGUACUCAUAGAUUUGAUUCACUUCCAAGCCAGACUCAAGAUUUAAAAAAAGAUUUUCUUGCUUGUAGUUCAUCACCAGAUGCUCCUGUUGUUGUUUGUGUUUCUAAAAUGUUUUCUGUUGAUAAAAAAGCUUUACCACAAAACAAAAUAAGACCUCUUACUACAGAAGAAAUUGCACAGCGUAGAGAGGAAGCUCGACAGAGACAUAUGGAGAGAAUGACAGCUGAUAAGAAUAUAAAUUCUAUGAAUGACAAAAAUGAUCAAAAAAAAUUAGAUGAUAUUAAUACUCUUGAAUCUCCUAAUCAAGAUGAAGAAGUUGUAUUUAUCGCUUUUGCAAGAAUAUUUAGUGGUAAACUUUACAAAGGACAGACACUUUAUGUUUUAGGCCCAAAACAUGAUCCUACGAAAAUAUUAGAAAAGAAUAUUGAAAUAAACAAAAACUUAACUCUUAAAGAUUUGCCUUCUGAUCAACAUAUAACCAUUGCUACUAUUAAGGAUCUUUAUUUACUAAUGGGAAAAGAAUUAGUAUCACUAGAUUCUGUUCCUGCUGGAAAUGUUGUAGGUAUUAGUGGUUUGGAAGAUCAUGUUUUAAAAUCAGCUACACUCUCUACAACAAUAGUUUGUUCACCAUUUGUUGAAUUGCAAACACCUAUUACUCCUAUUCUCAGAGUUGCUUUAGAACCAAGUCAUCCAAGUGAAAUGUCUUCUCUAGUUUCUGGUUUACGUUUAUUAAAUCAAGCAGAUCCGUGUGUUCAAGUAUUAAUUCAAGAAACAGGGGAACAUGUUAUUGUUACUGCAGGUGAAGUACAUUUAGAACGUUGUUUGGAUGAUUUAAAAGAAAGAUUUGCAAAAAUUGAAAUUAAUGUAUCUCCACCAAUUGUACCUUUUCGUGAAACCAUUGUCCCACCUCCAAAAACUGACAUGGUAAAUGAAAUUAUUGAAGACAAGAAUCAAAUUAAAAAGCUUUCUGAUUUGGAUGGUGAUAGUGGAUCUGAUGGUUUAAUAACAAUUCAGACACCAAAUAAAAGAUCAAUAAUUUCAUUAAGAGCUAUACCACUUCCAGAAUGUGUAACUAAAUUAAUAGAAGAAAAUUCUCAGUAUAUCAAAGCUUUAUAUAAAACUGUUAAUGCUCAAAGAAGUAAACAAGCAACUUCUGUUGAUAUAUUAACUUCAGAAACUUUAAAAAAAAUAGAAGAUUUAAAACAUCGAUUAGAGGUAAUGUUUAAUGAAGAAGGUCCAACAUGGAAAAAUGCAGUAGAUCAAAUAUGGUCAUUUGGACCUAAAAGAUGUGGACCAAACAUCUUAUUAAAUCGCAUACCAGGGUAUAAACAGCCGUCAGUUUGGAUAGAAAAGAAAGAUAAACUACUAGAAAGUAUAUUUUUACAAUAUGAUAAUAGUUUUGUAAAUGGCUUUCAAUUAGCUACUUUAUCUGGACCUUUAUGUCAAGAACCUAUGAUGGGUGUUUGUUUUAUUGUUGAAAAUUGGGAAAUAGAUAACCUAUUAAAUGAAAUAGACACUACAGUUAAUUUACAGUUGACAGAUAAAUUAGAAAAUCAGAAUGUAGAUUCAGCUGUAAAUUGUAAUGGAGACUCUAUUUUUAUAGGAGAUUCAGACACUAGAGAAGAUUUAAACAAUUCAGAACUAGUGGGAAAUUACAGUGAAAUUGAUAAUAGUAAUGCACCUUAUGGACCUCUUGCAGGUCAAAUAAUGUCAAUAAUGAAAGAAGGCUGCAGAAGAGCAUUUCAGGCUCAACCACAAAGGUUGAUGGUGGCUAUGUACAGUUGUAACAUUCAAGUUACUGCAGAAAUGUUAGGCAAAAUGUACGCCGUUCUGGGCCGAAGGCACGGAAGGAUCCUUCACAGCGACAUGAGGGAAGGUUGCCAAACUUUCGAUAUCACGGCCGUGUUGCCAAUCGCCGAGAGCUUCGACUUCGCUAACGAGAUCCGAAAACAAACGAGCGGAAUGGCCUGUCCCCAGCUGCUAUUCAGCCAUUGGGAUAUUUUGGACUUGGACCCGUUUUGGGUGCCCACCACCGAAGAGGAGUAUCUGCACUUCGGGGAGAAGGCCGACACCGAGAACAGAGCCAGGAAAUACAUGAACGCGGUGAGGAGGAGGAAAGGUCUGGCCGUGGACGAGAAAAUCGUGGAGCACGCGGAGAAACAGAGGACCCUGACUAAAAAUAAAUGACGAGAGCUUCCACUUUUUUUGUCAAUAAAAGUCGAUUGGCCCUACUUUUCGGAUGUAUUCUUUCCGGAUUAAAAGAUUCCAAUAUCCGUUCUGCUUCGGAAAUUGGAAGGCCGGCGAAAUAUCGGGUGGACGUCGAAGCGCGUGCUGUUUCUGGGGGAACCUCCACCCACGAUGGACCUGGAGGUUCCGCUGGGGUUGGCGCAACUAGAAAAAAAAUGACGAUUAUAGAUUAAUCUAAAACGAUUGCUAAACAAUUUAUAGAAGCGCCCAAUUUACGUUUAAAAUUAACUAACAAACACCGGAAAAUUACAGUAAAACGUGUGUAUUCUACAUAAAACAAUACCGUGUGUUAGAAGCGCUUCCAGAUUUUAUCUGGCGCCAUCUGUCGG